AUGUCGACUUCUUUUGCAAAAAUGAUGGGGAAUUAUCAACUAUACACACAGAAGCUUAAUGUUUGCCAUCCCUCACGGGUGCUUUCCUUCCAAAAGUGGGAACCGCCAAGUACAGGCUGGGUUAAGAUCAACUUCGAUGCUCAUAUAGGGACGAAUAGGCGAAGAGGCUUAGGUGUGCUUGUUCGAGAUAAUUAUGGUAAGGUUUUACUCACCGGAACUCGAUGCGUGGAACCGAAUUGGAGUGUUCGUAUUUCAGAGGCUGCAGCUGCUUUGUUCGCUUUAGAUAUUGCAAGAAGGAUGGGACAUGGUUAUGUCCAUUUUGAAGGCAACUCGUUGACAGUGAUCAAUGCAAUUUCAGAUAAGGAAAGGGGAUCAACUCACAUUUACUUGUUCUUAGAUAAAAUUGCCAAUUCUAUAUCAUGUUUUGCUAGUUUUACUUGUAGCUUUGUUCGUAGGCUUGGAAAUACCGUUGCUCAUUUGAUAGCUAGGUGA